AUGACCGACUUGGACCCUGGUUGGACUAAGCACAAGAGGGCGACAUUCAAUACCAGUGGAAAGAAGUCCAAAAGCGAAGAUGAGAAUAUUACCUUACCUGGUGUUCAAUUCCUAUCGGACCUUUUAAAAGAUAUCGACGUCCAGAGACAGACUGGAUAUACAGACGCUGAUCUUCCAAAGCCAUUUCGAAUGGCGAAAUCUUAUUCACAUGUACCUCAUGAAUACCUGGCCCCUGAUGGAUUCCCUAAGUCUGAAUAUUGGCUUGAUCCGGCAUGCAAGUAUGCUUUAGUAAGCAAAGUUAAUCCGAAGGAAGGGAAAGGCGGAGUGGUGCGAAGAGCACUGGACGAGUAUCGCAAUCAACAUGUUGUUGAUGUCCCUCCUAACCCACCUCUUUACAUGGAAAAAAUUAGACAAAAACCGGGGACCUGUCAUGCCGAACGCGCCAAGAAGAAUAUUGCAGCCAAAGGCACCGACCAGUCGGCUGAGUCAGCUAACCGCAAAAAAAAAACUUAUGACAGCCUGCGCUAUAGGGUUAAUGACCCGAUUCUACCAUAUGAAAAUUAUGAACGUACCAUGGAAAUAAUUCAUCAUACCUAUAAAAUUAUUACCCAUGGAAAAGGCCAAUACCUCGAUCUAGAUUCACAUGAACUUAUCUUUACUUACUCCUAUGACGCUUUGGAAACCUUGACACCGGAAGACCGCCAGGAGCAUCAAGACGAUGUCACAACAAUCUUAAUGUCCACUAAGCUCUUCAAGAGAUUACCUACGCCUAAACCUUUGACUCCUCCGACCGAACUGCCGACGUAUCACUUUAGAAACGUCUAUCACGGCCCCUUUGAUUACCCAAUUGCCUUACAAAUCCGAUUUGCCAUCGUCACCGCUUACAUCACUUCCUCCGUCCGAUGCCGGAGGAAGCGUAAGGGUCAGCCGCUUUCAACGCGUAAUUGUGAUUCGAAGAACAAGAAAGUCAAACUUAUUAAUCAGGAGGUAAUGAUUGGAGAGUCCGGAUUGUUUUUGAAGAAGCGCAAGCGCAAGGUUACAACCAAUGCCGCUCUAAUCCAUGGAAGGAUGCACUGUUUUGGUCAAACAGUGGGAUAUUCAAAUGACCUCCUCACUUCGGCUUACGUUCCGCCCAAAGGUUCAUCACACUCGCUAUAUAAGGCCUUUCUGGAUAGGCUCCCAGUCUUAGGCGCUCACAUAGGAGGAAUAUUUAAAGAAUUUUGUGAUGAAGGCUUCUUGGUGGCUCGUCAGCAACUGAACCAACUUCGUGCGCCUCCAAUGGCUUCAACCUCGAAGUCUCACCCAUCAGGACCACUAGAUUUUGUGGCGAACUUUGCUUUUACCUUUGAGAACUUUUACAACAAGCCGCAUACCGAUAACAAUAAGGGCAAGGUUUACUGCCUAUGGUACCCGAUUGACAUGUUGAGUGGUCGAAUUGUUACACAAUCUGAAGGGUUCGAACUUGAAGGAGGUUGGUUUAUUUUCCCUGAGUUCCGUGUGGCUAUCAACUUUGGUGGGAAAUCCGCAGCGCAGAUUGCAUGGAAUGGCAAAUCGACUUUUCAUCAUACUAUCCCUUCCAAAGAACGAAUAGAGUUUAACCAUCAAGAUAGCACGAGCCAGUGUGAAGAUUGGAACGGAGGAACAGUAUAA